UCGCAGCAUGCGUAUGUGUCAGUGCCAAAUAAUCAUGGGCACUGCAGGUGCAGGCGGUGCGAAUCUGCACUAGCGGCAGCAGUUGUAAGAACUUGUCAGCCGGCACGGGCUGGAGAACCUGCUAGAAAACGGGUGGUCGGCAGAAAAUUUUUGUAAACAAGCUACGUGGUGAUCUUCGGAACGACAGGCACUGACAUGUUUUUAUAACUCCAUCAGACGCAUUUUAUCCUAAGAGAAUUCGAUUUCAUUUCGUACGUACUCGUAUGCGGCGGGGCUAUAGUUUAGGCGGAAAACAUACACGUCAACACAAUCGACACGACGGAUUAAGGAUGCGAAUGGGAAUCAACAGUAAAUCGCUUAAAUCACGCGUCCUAAUAACGUAAUCGCAGCCAAAUAAAAUACUACAAUCAAUUAAAGAAUUUCUCAAUGAAGAUCAGCGAUUCAAGGAAAAAGUAACAUUAACGCAAGUAAUCAUGCUGCCGCUUUCACACAAAGAUAACCUGAAACACGGCGGUUUCGGCUCACACCUCAGAGAAAAACUAUUUAACUGGCUGCGACUGAUUUUUUCUGACAAGAACUCGCGUAAUUUGUUCUUGUUUCUGUUGCUUAACUUAUCUUUUGCCUUUGUGGAACUAAGCUAUGGAGUGUGGACAAACAGUCUAGGUCUCAUAUCAGAUUCCUUUCACAUGUUCUUUGACUGCACUGGGCUGUUAGCUGGCUUGGCUGCAUCAGUAAUUACAAAAUGGAAAGCAAAUGACAAAUAUUCAUAUGGAUAUGUGAGAGCAGAAGUGAUUGCAGGUUUUGUGAAUGGCCUCUUUCUCUUGUUUAUUGCUUUCUUUAUCAUGUCAGAGGCUGUGGAGAGGGCAAUUGAGCCGCCAGAAGUGAAACAUGAACGAUUGUUCGUGGUUUCAGUUCUCGGGUUAAUUGUAAACCUCAUAGGUAUUUAUGCUUUUCAACAUGGACACGGUCACUCUCACGGCGGCGGUGGCGGCUCACAUGGGCAUUCGCACGGAGGCAGCUCCCAUAAUCACUCCCACAACUCACACGGUCACAGCCACGACGACUUCGAGCUAUCUAGCCAAAAUUCGGCGAUUAUGAAGGGCGUUUUUCUUCAUAUUCUUGCUGAUACUUUAGGCAGUGUAGGCGUUAUCGUCUCGGCUAUCCUCAUGCAAAUGUUCGGCUGGAUGAUCGCCGAUCCAAUUUGCUCCAUGUUUAUCGCUAUACUCAUUGCGCUCAGUGUGUUAGCACUAAUCAAGGAUUCGGUCGUCAUUCUAAUGCAGCGGCAGCCGUACGCGCUGGACAAUAUUUUACCUCAGUGCUACCAGAAGGUGGUUAGCCUUGCGGGUGUCUACUCCGUGCAGGAACCACAUUUCUGGACGCUGUGCAGUGACGUGUACGUGGGUGCGCUCAAGCUAGAGGUGUCGAAGAACGUCGAUCCCAAGUACGUCAUUUCGCACACACAGAUGAUCUUUGCCGCCGCCAAUGUACGACAACUCUACGUGCAACUAGAUUACACGCCCAUGUGAUGAUUGUAGCUGCGACUAGGGAAACAAAACUGUAAAUGUUUAAUAAAGUAAAAUGAGACAUUCUUUAAGUCGACGGCAAUGCUCUACGCACUUGCCUUGAUUGCGACAUCAAAUUAAAACAUCAUCAAAAGUACUAAUCACACAAUGCGCUUCUUAUGUUUUGUCAACAUUUUCUUUUUGCAUUUACCAAAAAUAUUUGUAUCAAUUAUUGCUGAAUUGUGUAUGACGGUAACAAACAUUCCAAACAAAAAAAUUAAAAAUUUCUGUGAAAAUACGCUAGGUAUUUGUGACAAAUAUUGGACAUCUAGCAAAAAAUGGAGUAUUAGAGGACACAUUGUUAUCUUACACGAUUCCAAAUGUAAAUAAAAAUGUGGUAAUAUAUGAACGAUAUUGUAUCAUACAAUUUUUAACGAUUUUAUAAAUAAUAUUAAAGCGAUCGUUGUGCAAAUGGUCCAUUGGAGUGACUAUUAUCGGCCGAAUACCGCUCACAUAAAUACAAAACCAUGAAGUGUUGUAUUAAAUCCAUUGUUCAUUCAUUUUUAUCGUACUUAAUUAUAAAUUAUGUUUGGCCUGUGGUACACUUCAUUGAGUGUAAUGAAUAAUAAAUUCUUGUUUAUAUUA